GACUGGUAUUACCAUGGACAAUUAACUUCAUCUUAGCCCGCUCAUAAUCAUCUUUCAGCCGCUUAAGGCCAGGUGAGAUCAUCUUCGCUGGUCGAGAAAUGCACCUGAAGAUGCUGCUGUGGAAAGCGUGAGAAAUCGCCGGGAAAUCGCUGAGAAAUCGCAUGCAACGAAGUACUUAACUGAAUCUAACUCAACUUAAGAUGCCAAUCCUGCUGAUACUCACGGCGAUACUGCACCUGACCUUGGGGCAGGACGCCAAGCACCUGGACGGAUUCACCUUGCCCAGCCUUCCUGCUGAUCACCUCAUCCGGUACCUAAACACGUUUCCCACGCUGAAGCAACAGCUGCCCACGAAUCUCACCGGUAAGGCAAACAUUUCAUCCGCCUGCUGGGGCCACGAACGAGACUGCACGCCGGACAGGCGUUUCCAGACGCCGCAGUGCCCCGGGGAGCACACAGGCUGGGCCAGAAGCAAAGAGGCCCAGGUUAGGACCUUCUACAACCAGGCCGACUUCGGGUACAUCCAGGAGCAGCUCUCCCAACUGACUCCGCAGUGUGUGCCAACUUACCUCGGGGACUCUUCGCUGGAGUGCACCCACUACCUGCGCUUCUGCCGCGGAAGGAACCUCCUCUUCGAUUUCCGGGGUCUCGAGCUGCGAGAGGAGCGCAUUCGCUACCAUAUGGACGUACUGAGUCCGGGCCAACUUCUUGGUCACUGCGAACUGAAUCGAACCAGAUUAUCUGGUGAAAUGGAGCACAUUGGAUCGGCCCUGCAGUCCUGGGGUCCAGAGCUGCGCAACUUUGAGGUGUUACCUCAUCCCGUUCUGGAGAGCGGUCUCUGCGAUCUGGUAGUGAAUACGCCCACUUUUAUCAUGAAAAUCGAUGCCACGUACAACAUGUAUCAUCACUUCUGCGACUUUUUCAACCUGUACGCCUCGCUCUUCGUCAAUCAGUCGCACCCGGCUGCAUUCAACACGGAUGUUCAGAUCCUUAUAUGGGAGACAUAUCCUUACGAUUCGCCCUUCAGGGACACCUUUAAAGCCUUCUCGCAGAGGCCGGUGUGGACGCUCAGCGAUGUGGAGGGCAAGAGGGUGUGCUUUAAGAAUGUUGUGCUCCCUCUGCUGCCCAGGAUGAUCUUUGGAUUGUUCUAUAAUACACCAAUAAUUCAGGGCUGUUCAAAUAGCGGACUGUUUCGGGCCUUCUCCGAGUUCAUCCUGCACCGCCUGCAAAUCCCUUACAAACCUCCUCAGCGUAGAAUUCGCAUAACUUAUCUCUCGCGCCGCACAAAGUACCGGAGAGUGCUCAACGAAGACGAGCUCCUGGGCCCACUGGAGUCCAACGAGAAGUACAUCGUGCAGCGCGUUUCUUACGAGAGGCUCUCCUUCACCGAACAGUUGGCUAUUACCCGGAACACAGACAUUCUCAUCGGCAUGCACGGCGCAGGAUUGACGCAUCUGCUAUUCCUGCCAAACUGGGCAUGCCUCUUCGAGUUGUACAACUGCGAAGAUCCCAACUGCUACAAGGAUUUAGCCCGAUUGCGUGGAGUUCGCUAUCGAACUUGGGAGCAGCGGGAUUUGGUUUAUCCGCAGGACGAGGGACACCAUCCCGAGGGCGGGGCACACGCCAAGUUUACAAACUACAGUUUCGACGUGAAGGAGUUUGUACAUAUCGUUGACCAAGCAGCCAAUGAAAUACUCUCCCACAAGGAAUACCUUCAGCAGAAACCAGAUUAUCCCUCCAAAACUCAGCACAACGAGCUGUAGAUUGCCACUAUUGUGAUUAAAAGCAUUUAUUUUGCCUAUUUGCCUAACCCAAAAUAAAUCGGUAUUAUUUAAAAGAC